CUCCAUCACUUACUCCCACUACCAGACAUUUCCCAAGCAAACUGAGAGUGAAAAAUGCCUUCUUCAGCUCCAUGUAUUGCUUUGGUCUCAAAAUCCAAUGUUUUCCCAGACCAGAAAUCGAAGCUAGGAGAACUGAAGCUCUCAGUUUCAGAUCUCCCAAUGCUGUCUUGCCAUUACAUCCAGAAAGGUUGUCUUUUCACCCGCUCUCCCAUUCCUAUCGACUCCCUCGUCUCCCUUCUCAAACAAUCACUGUCCAAGACGCUGUCGUUCUUCCCUCCCCUUGCUGGCCGGCUUCACACCGACCCGAAUGGUUACAUCUACGUGACUUGCAACGACGGCGGCGUUGAAUUCUACCAUGCCACUUGUAAGGGUCUGUCGAUUCGGGACGUCAUUGGUCCUCUCGACGUUCCCGAGUUCGUUAAGAAGUUUUUCUGUUUCGACAAGACGGUUAGUUACCAGGGGCAUUUUAAACCGAUCAUGGCCGUCCAAGUUACCGAGCUCGGUGACGGGGUCUUCAUCGGAUGCUCCGUUAACCAUGCGGUGACUGACGGUACGUCGUUUUGGAAUUUCUUCAACACAUUCGCCGAGCUUUGCAAGAAAAUUAGUAGUAAUAAUCAGAACUUUGAGAAAAUCGCAAGGCAGCCAGAUUUUUCCCGGAAUUCUGUUUUGGUUUCGCCGGCGAUUCUGAAAGUCCCCGAAGGUGGCCCCAAAGUUACAUUCAACGAAAAAGAGCGGUUACGGGAGAGAAUCUUCAGUUUCAGCAGAGAAGCUAUUUUGGAACUCAAAGCCAGAGUUAACAACAACGAGGAAGAGCUUCUCGUUAACGGAAACUUCAACGCCGUUGAGAUUCUCGGCAAACAAAGUAACGACAAGUACCAUAACGAGAAAAGCAAGAGUCGGUUGUUCAGAACCGCUCCGGUUUCAAAUACGGCGGAGAUUUCGUCGUUUCAAUCACUCUGCGCUCUGCUUUGGCGAGCGGUGACACGUGCGAGGAAGCUUCCGUCUUUCCAAAAGACGACGUUCAGAAUGGCGGUGAAUUGUCGCCACAGGCUGAACCCGAAGCUGGACCCUUUGUACUUCGGGAACGCGAUUCAAAGCAUUCCAACGUACGCGUCAGCGGGUGACGUGACUUCACGUGAACUGCGCUGGUGCGCGGAGCAGUUAAACCAGAGCGUGAGGUCCCACGACGACGAAACGGUGCGUCGUUUUGUGAAGGAGUGGGAGAAAGAUCCGCGGUGUUUCCCGUUGGGGAACUUCGACGGCGCAUCGAUGACGAUGGGGAGUUCCCCGCGGUUCCCGAUGUACGACAACGAUUUCGGGUGGGGCCGGCCGUUGGUUGUCAGGAGCGGCGGCGCCAAUAAAUUCGACGGGAAGAUCUCCGCUUUCCCUGGGCGGGAAGGUAACGGGAGCGUUGACCUGGAAGUUGUUUUGGCGCCCGAAACCAUGGCUGGGAUUGAAUCUGAUCACGAGUUGAUGCAGUAUGUAACGAAUUAACCUUUCAACGGUUCCUGAUGGUGAUCUGAGGGUUACGUGUACUGAAUCAGGACCGUUGACAGUGUUUGAGAUGGUGGGACCGGACUUUAGGGUGGGGUCUAACCAGGAUAGGUGUCCUUGUUGUGUUUUUGGUAGUCUUUUGUUUUGAUCAGAAAAUUUGAAGUUUGUUUUCUUAAAAGUACCGCCUUUAUUGUUUGUUGAAGAAGAAUCUAAGGAUAAGGAAGAAUUAAAUGAGGCUUUUUGGAAUUU